CACGAGGGGGUCCCGCGGGAAGAGGAAGUUCCCGGACCGGGCUCGCCCGGCGCAGGGUGCAGCCAGACUCUCCGGGGCCUGGCUGCGCGCGGUCGGUUCCGGGUCCGGUGACUCGCGUGACUAGCGUCGCCGCCGGGUGCGCGGAGGAAGGAUCUGCCCUGACAGCCUGGGGGAAGGUUUCCACGGCCGCAGUGCCCAUGGCGGGCGAGGGGUUCGGGCACCCGGGGACGACGGCCGCCACCACGGCGCCCGAGACCCGCGAGCACCUCUUUAAGGUGCUGGUCAUCGGGGAGCUCGGGGUGGGCAAGACCAGCAUCAUCAAGCGCUAUGUGCACCAGCUCUUCUCCCAGCACUACCGGGCCACCAUCGGCGUGGACUUCGCCCUCAAGGUCCUCAACUGGGACAGCAGGACGCUCGUGCGCCUGCAGCUGUGGGACAUCGCGGGGCAGGAGCGGUUUGGCAACAUGACCCGAGUAUACUACAAGGAAGCUCUUGGAGCAUUUGUCGUCUUUGACAUCUCAAGAAGUUCUACAUUUGAGGCAGUUUUAAAAUGGAAAAGUGAUCUGGAUAGUAAAGUCCAUCUUCCCAAUGGCAGUCCCAUUCCUGCUGUCCUCCUGGCUAACAAAUGUGACCAGAAGAAGGAUGGCAGCCAAAGUCCUUCCCAGAUGGACCAGUUCUGUAAAGAGCAUGGCUUCACGGGAUGGUUUGAAACCUCUGCCAAGGAUAAUAUAAACAUCGACGAGGCUACCCGGUUCCUAGUGGAAAACAUCCUUGCGAACCAGCAAAGCUUUCCCAUCGAAGAAAACGACAUGGACAAAAUUAAACUGACCGAUGAGCCCCUGACAACAAAGCCCAGGGCUCAGUGCUGCUGAUGAGUCUCUGCACCCCCUGUGCUGUCUCCUUGGUUCUGCCUGUGGCUGAGGAUGCUCACGGGGCCAUUGUCCCCUGUGAGUCUCCCUCAGGCCUGCUUCAUCUUUAUUCAGCUGCACAGGAACCACAUGUGUGAAGCUGGAGAUCCGUGGAGAACUGUACCCACUAGAGGCCCUGUGAUUUACCAGGUGAAUCCUGGGCUCUUUUUGCUGCCCAAUGCAGACUAAUGUUUACACCCUUUGAGACAUUUUUGUACACGAAUUUCAAGUGUUAGCUUUUAGUGUAAAUGCUGGAGUAGUAGAAAAACUUCCCUCACGGUAUUCCUGACAUUUUGAGUGUCUUUGUUCCUGUGUUCAUCUUCACCCAACCACGAUCCUUUUCUUUUUUAGGCUGUUAGCUACAAAGACGUGAAGGCCCCCAUGUAGUUAUUUCCUAGUCAAAAUUUUGUACUUUGUGUAAAAUUUUUAUUAUUAAAUAUCAUGAGUCUAAGCUGGGCCAGGAUGUGGUGGCACAUGCCUUUAAUCCCAGUACUGGGGAGGCAGAGGUAGGCUGAUCUCUGAGUUUGAGACCAACCUGGUCUACAAAGCAAAUUCCAGGACAGCUAGGACUGUUACACAGAGAAACUCUGUCUCGAAAAACAAACAAACAAACACAAACACAAAAAACAAAAACAAAUGUGAUUCUAGAACUCAUAGCUGGGGUAUAAUGAAGUUCUGAAACAUCUUAAGAUUCACUUCCUCCAUUAAUCAAAAAGUACUGAGCUGGGGAUGUGGCGAAUGAUACAUUGCUUGCCUAGAAUGCUAUAAACCCUAGGUCUGUAGUACAUGGGAGUCAGGGGAAUGCUUGCACACACCUGUACUACAGGUGUCCCCCUCUGGAUCCUCUAGGUGUAGAUGCCACUACCACUUGGAAACAAUAUAAAUGAGCAUUCCUUCUCUGCCCUCUAUUCUGUGUUACAGCCUAGAGCUACUCUACGUGGAACUUGCCUUUCCAGGUUUGUCAUGGUAACAGUCAGGGGGAGAAUUUUUUUCCAAAGCAUAUGCAAUUAUAUCCAAGUUUCUUGAGUAUGAACCCUGAAAGAAAAUAAACCAUGUAUUGUUUGCUCCGUG